AUGGAAAACAUUGGCAAAACAGGAAAUAUCGUUUUAACACUUUUGAAACCGUACUUGGGAAAAGGCCAUUCACUGUAUGUUGAUAAUUAUUAUAGCAGCCCCGCUCUUUUUAAGUUAUUACAUACAAAUGUAACGAAUGCUUGUGGAACUGUAAARCGAAGGCGAAAAGGAAUGCCUGUAAUGAACAGAAAAUUAGAAAAAGGCGAGGUUGAUUUUCGGACAUCAAGUAAUUUGCUGGCCCUUAAAUGGCGAGAUAAAAGRGACGUACUUAUGUUAUCUACUUUCCAUACUAGCGAAUUUAUAUCUACAGGAAAAAGAAAUUAUAGGACGCAAGAAAUUGUAUAUAAACCUAAAUGUAUAGUCGAUUAUAAUUUGUCAAUGGGCGCUGUCGACAAACGUGAUAUGGUCAUAAGUUCUAUUAAAUCCGUUAGAAAAUCUAUAAAAUG